GCGGGAUGGCGUUAGGAUGCAAAUAUUGAACCUGUUCUGCGCGAGCUCGUCUACCCUCACGAGCCUCAUCGCACCUACAAACAGCCGGUACUACUCCGAAUGACUCGCAUUCUCCUUGUCGCAUCAGUUCUGUACGAAGCCAUCCUCAACAACUGUGUAGUGACGCUCCGCGAAAUCUUCUACCGUGACGUCGCACUCUUCAGGCGCCAGGGAAUUGUCGAUGGGAUCGUUGACGACAUCGUCGCUACCAUUGGGCUGAGGCGCGCUGAUUUCCAUGUCUGUGCUGCAGCGAAGGGCUUGAUCGCCUCCAACGCCCUCAAGGUGAAUUUGACAAACGGAGACAGCCUGUCUAUAUCGUCUGCUACAGGGAAGGGCUUUCCAGACCUGGCCUCGCUCCAGCUGCUCCGGCGACUGGCUGAUCAGUUUCCUGCCGCUCGCAUCGGCGUCCUCGUUGACGCGGAUCCCUCAGGCAUUGCAAUCUUAUCCGCCUAUGCGUACGGCUCAAAGGCGAACCGCCACUCCGAACAGCAUUCUGGGCUCCCCCUCGGCGACCGCAUUGAGUAUUUGGGAGUUAAAGCAACAGAGUGGUCUGCGGUGGCUCGGUAUGAAGAUCUUCUGCCACUCAGUCCCCGUGACGCGCGGCUAGCGAAGAAGAUGUGCGCCGACCUCGCAAACGUCAAUCCUACCUGGAGGCGAGAGCUCGUUCACAUGCUCCAUCUCAACCGCAAAGCCGAGAUCCAGAUUCUCUCUGGUCUGCUAGCAUCAGCCGAUGACGGCUGGCCGGGAUGCAGAGCAAACAAUGACCACUUAAUGGGAACUACCAACCACCUUGUCGAGUUCAUCGUUGCGAAGCUCAAUCGACCACAUGUACGCUAGGCGUUCCCACUACGGUGCACUACGAUGCAAGCGAUCUCGCAGUUGCGGCAAUACUCGACGCUCACUUGACUUGCUCUGCCUCGCUAGCGUACCAACAAUUGCCCACUUCUCCUGGGCUUC